UCCAAAAACGCCGAAUUGUAACCUGCGAGAGAUCUUACGAGUUUUAUCGGCUGCAAGGCAGCUUUUUAUUUGUGGGCCGGUCGCACCAGCUCACAGGAAAUGCUGAAAAUCUCGGAUGCCUGUGCAGCGGACGGCGAGGAAGCGGCCGUCGACAAGGAACCGCCCGGCGACUGGGAUCCGACCGCCCCCGCCGCCUCCAAAGAGAGCCCGCCCGCCCCCGACACCGUCAGGCCGACCCGAGACCCGGCCAAGUCUCUCCAAUGCAUCCCUCGUGUCAAAAGGGAUAUGCUUGCUAUUUAUCAAGAUCCACCGCCUGGGAUCUUUGUCAUCCAGGAUGAAAAGGACAUCACUUUGAUUCACGCCCUCAUCACCGGGUCGUUUGAUACACCUUACACUGGUGGUUUCUUUUAUUUCCUUGUCAAAUGCCCUCCCGAUUAUCCUAUCAAACCACCAAAGGUUAAAUUCAUGACGACAGCAGGUGGUUCCGUGCGGUUUAACCCGAACCUAUACAAGUGUGGAAAGGUGUGCAUCAGUAUAUUGGGGACUUGGUCUGGACCGCCUUGGAGCCCUGCACUCACAAUCUCAAGUGUCCUCAUCUCCAUUCAAAGCCUUCUGACUGAAAAGCCUUACCAUAAUGAACCUGGUUUUGAAAGAGAGAGAUUUCCUGGAGAUAGCAGGAGAUAUAAUGAGAUUAUACAGUACGAAACUAUCCGUGUAGCUGUCUGCGGCAUGCUGGAGAAUGACUAUGGCUUGAACAUUCCCAAGCCUUUUAUGGAAGCCAUGAACCAUUCUUUUAUACAAUUCUAUGAAUAUUAUGAAUCUGCCGUCAAGGCCAAACUACAAUUUAGUGGAUGUGCAAUGCAGGAUCCUUUUGGAGAGGCUAGAGGCACCUUUGACUACAAGGGUCUUCUUGCGAGGCUUCAAGCCAUCUACAAUAGGCUAAAAUCAAGUGAAGGUGAUGAAAUAUCCACUUCUAGCAGCAGUGGCGAUUCUGAUUAAAGUACAAAAGUUAAACA